UGUCUUCCCUCCUCUCCUCUCCCUGCCCACCCUCUCCUCUCUCUCCCCUCAUUCUCCCCGUCGGCCCGCUCGCGCGCUCCCGCACGGACUCACCGUCCCUUGUCCAAUUAUCAUAUUCAUCACCCGCAAGAUCUCACCGUGCGUGUGCGCGCGCGUGUUUUCCUCUCUCCGCCUGCAAAAAAGGCUCGGUCCCACUGCUCUCUGCACCGAGGUCCCAGGAUUCUUGAGCUGUGCCCAGCUGACGAGCUUUUCAAGAUGGCACAAUAACUGUCCAGUGAUGCCUGACCAUGACAGCACAGCCCUCUUAAGCCGGCAAACCAAGAGGAGAAGAGUUGACAUUGGAGUGAAAAGGACGGUAGGGACAGCAUCUGCAUUUUUUGCUAAGGCAAGAGCGACGUUUUUUAGUGCCAUGAAUCCCCAAGGUUCCGAGCAGGAUGUUGAGUAUUCAGUGGUGCAGCAUGCAGAUGGGGAAAAGUCAAAUGUACUCCGCAAGCUGCUGAAGAGGGCGAACUCAUAUGAAGAUGCCAUGAUGCCUUUUCCAGGAGCAACCAUAAUUUCCCAGCUGUUGAAAAAUAACAUGAACAAAAAUGGUGGCACGGAGCCCAGUUUCCAAGCCAGCGGUCUCUCUAGUACAGGCUCCGAAGUACAUCAGGAGGAUAUAUGCAGCAACUCUUCAAGAGACAGCCCCCCAGAGUGUCUUUCCCCUUUUGGCAGGCCUACUAUGAGCCAGUUUGAUAUGGAUCGCUUAUGUGACGAGCACCUGAGAGCAAAGCGCGCCCGGGUUGAGAAUAUAAUCCGGGGUAUGAGCCAUUCCCCCAGUGUGGCAUUACGGGGCAAUGAAAAUGAAAGAGAUAUGGCCCCGCAGUCUGUGAGUCCCCGAGAAAGUUACCGAGAAAACAAACGCAAGCAGAAGCUGCCCCAGCAGCAGCAACAGAGUUUCCAGCAGCUGGUUUCAGCCCGCAAAGAACAGAAGCGAGAGGAGCGCCGACAGCUGAAACAGCAGCUGGAGGACAUGCAGAAACAGCUGCGCCAGCUGCAGGAAAAGUUCUACCAGAUCUAUGACAGCACUGAUUCUGAAAAUGAUGAAGAUGGUAACCUGUCUGAAGACAGCAUGCGCUCGGAGAUCCUGGAUGCCAGGGCCCAGGACUCCGUGGGGAGGUCAGACAAUGAGAUGUGCGAGCUGGACCCGGGGCAGUUCAUCGACCGAGCCCGGGCCCUGAUCCGGGAGCAGGAAAUGGCCGAAAACAAGCCGAAGCGAGAAGGCAACAACAAAGAAAGAGACCACGGGCCAAACUCCUUACAACCCGAAGGCAAACAUUUGGCCGAGACCUUGAAACAAGAACUGAACACUGCCAUGUCGCAAGUUGUGGACACUGUGGUCAAAGUCUUCUCCGCCAAACCCUCUCGCCAGGUUCCUCAGGUCUUUCCGCCGCUCCAGAUCCCCCAGGCCAGAUUUGCAGUCAACGGGGAGAACCACAAUUUCCACACCGCCAACCAGCGCCUGCAGUGCUUUGGCGAUGUCAUCAUUCCGAACCCCCUGGACACCUUUGGCAAUGUGCAGAUGCCCAGUUCCACAGACCAGACAGAAGCACUGCCCCUGGUGGUCCGCAAAAACUCAUCUGACCAGUCUGCCUCCGGCCCCCCUGCCGGCGGUCACCACCAGCCCCUGCACCAGUCGCCUCUGUCGGCCACCGCAGGCUUUACCACGUCCACCUUCCGCCACCCCUUUCCCCUCCCCCUGAUGGCCUACCCGUUUCAGAGUCCAUUAGGUGCUCCCUCCGGCUCCUUCUCGGGAAAAGACAGAGCCUCUCCUGAAUCCUUAGACUUAACUAGGGAGACCACGAGUCUGAGGACCAAGAUGUCAUCCCACCACCUGAGCCACCAUCCUUGUUCACCAGCACAUCCACCCAGCACCGCAGAAGGGCUCUCCUUGUCUCUCAUCAAAUCCGAGUGUGGCGAUCUUCAAGACAUGUCCGAAAUCUCACCUUAUUCGGGAAGUGCAAUGCAGGAAGGAUUGUCACCCAAUCACUUGAAAAAAGCAAAGCUCAUGUUCUUUUACACCCGUUAUCCCAGCUCCAACAUGCUGAAAACCUACUUCUCUGAUGUAAAGUUCAACAGAUGCAUUACCUCUCAGCUCAUCAAGUGGUUUAGCAAUUUCCGUGAGUUUUACUACAUUCAGAUGGAGAAGUACGCGCGUCAAGCCAUCAACGAUGGGGUCACCAGUACCGAAGAGCUGUCUAUAACCAGAGACUGUGAGCUGUACAGGGCUCUGAACAUGCACUACAAUAAAGCAAAUGACUUUGAGGUUCCAGAGAGAUUCCUGGAAGUUGCGCAGAUCACAUUACGGGAGUUUUUCAAUGCCAUUAUCGCAGGCAAAGAUGUUGAUCCUUCCUGGAAGAAGGCUAUAUACAAGGUCAUCUGCAAGCUGGAUAGUGAAGUCCCUGAGAUUUUCAAAUCCCCAAACUGCCUACAAGAGCUGCUUCAUGAGUAGAAAUUUCAACAACUCUUUUCGAAUGUAUGAAUAGUAGCAGUCCCCUUUGGAUGUCCAAGUUAUCCGUGUCUAGAUUUUGAUUUUCAUAUAUAUGUGUAUGGGAGGCAUGGAUGUGUUACAAAAUCAGCUGGUAAUCCCUCCUCAUCAUCUUUCUCUCAUUUUCUUCUGUUUUCCAUUGCAAGGGGAUGGUUCUUUUCCUUCCGCCUUUAGUUUACUUUUGCCCAAGGCCCUUAACAUUUGGAGACUUAAAAUAGGGUUAAUUUUCAGGGAAAAAGAAUGUUGACGUGUGUAAAGUCUAUAUUAGCAAGGAAGGGCAUUUUUAAAAGAUGCUUCUGCUGGAUUGAUGGUUUAUUGCGCAUGGCGGUUGGCAGAGGGAGACCCGUGACACAGCACUACUCUGUAGUCAGUGAUGUGUCUCUUGUUUUUACUGCUGAGAAGGUCAGAAAACUCAAUGAAACCACUUGAUAAACUUAAAUAUUUUGUUUGGUUUGAACUCAGUAAGUCGCUUUUUAUCACACAUUUAAAAAUAAUGCCAGUGGCAGAUGAACAACUCACUUUUCACAAGUACCCCAAAAGGUCAAAUU